UUCUUUGAGUUUUCAAUUCUGUCCUCUCUCUCUCUCUCUCAAACCGCCUCCGGUGAUCCUGUUGAAAUCCUCUUCUGACGGGCUUUCUCUUUCUACAUAUACAUACAUACGGAUAGAUACGUACAUGUACUGUCGUUGUUGGCGUAGGUGAAACUAUGGGAAAUGCGAAUGGCAGAGAAGAAGGCAGUGAAAAUGGCGGCGGCGGCGGCGGUGGAGGCGGGGAUGAGGUGUUGGAAGGUUCGAACCACGCGCUGUCACAUCGCGUGGCUUCUGCUGAUCUGAUGGUGAGCUCUCCGCCCCAUGACCCCCGGCAGUCUCGCUCUCCUCUCUUGUUUUCCUCGCAGGCCCCAGUAAUUCCUUUACAAAGAAGUGACAGCCCCUCACUCAAUGCAUUGCGGCAGAGCGACUCCCCAAGAGCUGUUGAGCGAUCUCUUGAACAAGGUAUUCCUGUUAUAGUAACCUGGAGCCAUGGUGGUAACAAUGUGGCUGUGGAAGGUUCUUGGGACAACUGGAGGACCAGGAAAAUACUCCAAAGAUCAGGCAAGGAUCAUUCCAUCCUUUUGGUCCUGCCGUCAGGCAUAUACCGUUACAAGUUUAUAGUGGAUGGUGAAGUGAGAUAUAUACCAGAUCUCCCAAGUGAAACAGAUGAGAUGGGCGGUGUCUGUAAUCUUCUCGAUGUCCAUGACUAUGUUCCAGAAAACCUUGAUAGUGUGGCAGAGUUUGAGGCUCCCCCCUCACCGGAGUCCAGCUACAGUCAAGUUUUCCCAGGAGAUGAAGAUUUUGCUAAGGAUCCAGUGUUAGUUCCUCCACAACUCCAAACCACCGUUCUUGACACGGAUAACCGUAAAGAAACUGCUUCUUCAAAACCCCAGCAUGUGGUGCUGAACCACCUCUUUACAGAGAAGGGAUGGUCAUCCCAGUCUGUAGUCGCUCUAGGUCUGACCCAUCGAUUCCAGUCCAAGUAUGUAACUGUCGUCCUGUAUAAGCCGCUCAAGAGGUGAUCCUAACCUUUGCAUGGUACACCUUUUGCUAUAACCUGCACUGACGAUUCUGAUCCUUUGUACCACUGUGUAACUGCCAAAAAAUAUAACUUCCACUAACGUUUGCUUUGUUGUACAUUACGUCCUAUCGUCGACCAAUCGUGUUUAUUUUGUAAAUUUGUUUAGCAGAGGCAAAACUGAAAAACUUUAGUAUAUAUGGUAACCAGGUCUGCUCUCUAAUUCCCCGUGAAGUCAGACACACUAUAUUACAUAAUGGGCAGAAGUUCAUUUGCUUCCA